CCAAACUUUCGUUUGGUGGUUUAAGGCGUAUAAGAAACUUCCUUCCCUAAACCCUAUAAUCAGUUUGAAGAAUUGGAUAGUUCUAAGCCCUUGUCAAACAAUGGAUAAAUCGCAGGAUUCCGAAUCAGAUAGCCUCGAUCGACUGAGUGAGUUGCCCGAUUCCUUAAUACUUUCGAUUCUUUCGUUGUUGUCGUUGACGAGAGAUGUUGUUAGGACAACCGUUCUCUCCAAACGUUGGAAAGAUCUCUGGACCACCGUCCCCUGUCUUUAUUUCCGGGAUCCUCCUACUUUAGAUGAGCACCGAAACUUUAUAUCUGCGGCUCUUGCACAGUGGAAAGGUGCCAAGAUUCAGAAAUUCGACAUAGUUUAUCAGCUAGAUUCUUAUUCUGAUAGUGAUGUCGAUUCUACUGAAUACUUUUCCGAAACUAGAAGGGAUUUUGAUUUGUGGCUGCUUCUUGCAAUCGAAAAACAAGUGGAAGAGCUAAUUAUAGAUAUGGAAUUUUACGAAGAUAUAUUUGAUAUGAAAUUUCGCGAAUCUGUAUUUUAUCCUUAUUAUAAUAAGGAUUGUGAAUACUGCGCACCUCAGCGUUUGUAUUCAUGCUCUUCGAUUACAAAAUUAUCUCUCUCUACAUGUAAGUUAAUUAUUGAGGGGAAUGUGCAGUGGAAUCAACUCAAGAGUUUAACAAUUAAUGGUAUUGAAUCGUGGAGCGAAGACGCCAUGAACCGACUUGUUUGUGGUUCUCCUCAGUUGGAAGAGUUGAAUUUGAUCUUUGGGAAAAUUCUCCAAAACCUCAAUAUCCGAUCGAGUAGUUUGAAGAAUCUUAAGAUCAGCGAUGAUGAUGGUGUGCUUUUUUCAACUGAUAUCAAGGGAGAUCUGACAAUUUGGGCUCCUAAUCUCGCGAGUUUAGAGAUUUCGGGUUAUGUUUAUGGUGCUUGUUUGUUGGAUGUCCCGUCUCUGACUAACGCACAUCUUUGUUGUCGAAUCCUUGAGGAUGAAAUGAAAUGUGGGGACUUUACAUCUCAUGAAAAGCUUGAUCAAGUUUUUCCAAGAGUCUGUCAUGUUGAGAAGGUCACAUUAUCAGAAUCGUGCAUUAAGUUUCUUCUGCACAUGAAGGAGAACGAUAUGCUUGUGCUGUUCUCAAACGCUAAGUUUCUACGCAUCUACGCUGGCGAAGUCAAUAAUUAUUGCCCUAAGAAAGAUCCUAUCCUGAAGAUGAGUGAAAUGCUUGCUGUUCUUGAGAUGUUUCCUAACUUGAAGAAGUUAAUCACUGAACACGAGGAGGGUGGAAUGACGUUGGAUUUUGAAGAGCCUAAGGCUAGUUUUCCUAGUUCCUGUCUUCCCCAACUGAAGACAGCUGAUAUCACUUGGUGUAUACACGAUCCCUCAAUAAUUCCAACGGUAGAGAUUCUGUUGAAAAACGCUCAUGUGCUUGAAAAGAUGGUUCUUAAACUAGAGAUUCACGAAGUUGAUCAUAGGAAGUUUUUUUUGGCAAAAGAGAAGGUGCUGAGGAUGCCGAGAUCCUCCCAUGCGGCACAGGUGAUUGUAAUAGUAGGUUUUACUCCCUCCGUCUCAGCUUUUAGUAUUCAACUUUCAUUUUUUGGCCGUCCCACAUUUUAGUAUCCAUUUAUAUUUUUGGUAAAAAUAGGUGGGGCCCUUACUCCACUUUAAUUAUUUUAACUCUCACAUAAAAUGUGAGACCCUUAUUCCACUCACAACACAUCAAUCACUUUAUUAAAACCCGUGCCAUUCUCAACUGGAUACCAAAAGCCGGGACGGAGGGAGUAUUUAUUUUUGAGCCCUAAUUGAAGGUUUAUAACAAUAACAUUAUGGUAUAUG